CCACUCCCCCACCUUUGUCCUGAGUGGGCAGCGUCACCGGUGGGUGUCUGGGAUGUCACAAAGGUGCCCAUCCAUCCACUGAGAAGCCCCGCCAGUCCCGCCGCGGAUCCGCAGAGCUGCUCCAGAGCCUUUGGGGUGUCCAGUGUGAAAGAAAGACAAAAUGUCUUACAGCGUGACGCUCAAUGGACCUGGACCGUGGGGUUUCCGACUGCAAGGGGGAAAGGACUUCAAUAUGCCUCUGACCAUCUCCAGAAUUACACCUGGCAGCAAGGCAGCUCAGUCCCAAAUGAGCCAGGGGGACUUGGUGGUAGCCAUUGAUGGCGUCAACACAGAUGGUAUGACUCACUUAGAAGCCCAGAAUAAGAUAAAAUCGGCAAGCUACAACCUGGCUCUAACUCUUCAAAAAUCAAAACGCCCAGUUCCAGUUCCAACAGCCGCCCCAAGAAUUGAUUCUCCUAUGCCUGUGAUCCCUCAUCAGAAGGAUACUGUUCUGGAAGUCAAUGGGAACCGUGCAAACUUCAGCCCUCUAACUAGCACAUCGGCUGGGCCUAUGAGUAAUAUUUUAGCAAGCAAUGGAGUAUAUACAGGCUACCUCAGCAAACAAGAGGCCACCCUAUCACAUAGUUCUUCCUUCUUACAGACUACUACCAUUAGAUCAUCCAUGUCCUCGCAGUCUGUGACACCUGAUCUCUCACCAGCAAAAAGUGACCUAGGGUCAAAAGCAAGCUCAGUCAUUACAGAUGGCAGUAGCUCUAAAGACCAGCUGAGCCCAGCAAGGCAAUAUAACAACCCCAUUGGCCUAUACUCAGCAGACACUCUCAGGGAGAUGGCCGAAAGGCAUAAAUUAAGUCUCACACAAAAGACUUCAAAAGGUGGACUUCUUAGCGGUAGCCUCCCUGUUAAAGAUCCUCAUGUAGACAGUGCCUCUCCAGUGUAUCAGGCUGUACUUAAAACACAGAACAAGCCUGAAGAGGAGCUUGAUGAUUGGAGCCGCCGUUCCUCCCACUUGCAGUCCAAAUCCUUCCGCAUCCUGGCUCAGAUGACAGGAACUGAGUACAUGCAAGAUCCAGACGAAGAUGCCCUGAGGAGAGCAAGCAGCAAGAAAAAUGUUCCUGAAUCAUCUGAAAACAGUACUCCUGUUGAGCAUGCACCAGUGUCUACCAGCUGUGCCCCUUCCGCUGUGCUGUCUGCUUCAUCCAAUCAUCCCGCUAUUGCUGCUCACAGUGCUGUCCAUCCGAUGAGCCUGCCAUCGGCCAUGGCCACUUCAGCGGUGCACGACUCCGUCUCAUCCACUUGUCAAAGCUUCAACCGACAUUCUUCCACUUCAAUCACCUACCAGUCCAAAAAGAGAAGUCCAGGCCAAACUUAUACAUCUGCGCCGGUUUCCCAUGGCCCAGCUCCUUACUCGGGCUACAGUGAAGCCCCAGCUCCUGCUCCAGUUUCCCAUGGCCCAGCUCCUUACUCGGGCUACAGUGAAGCCCCAGCUCCUGCUCCAGUUUCCCAUGGCCCAGCUCCUUACUCGGGUUACAGUGAAGCCCCAGCUCCUGCUCCAAAACCUAGAGUUGUCACUACUGCCAGCAUAAGGCCUUCAGUCUAUCAGCCAGCUCCGGCUCCGGCUCCAGCUCCAGCUCCAGCUCCUGCCCCAACAUCAGUGUCUGUACAUACUUAUACUCCAAGCCAAGUGGAGCCUUCCAGCCGUCCUCCUUGGAUCACAGAUGACUCUUUCUCCCAGAAGUUUGCUCCUGGGAAAAGUACCACCACCAUCACUAAGAAUAUCCUGCCACGGGGCGCUCCUGUUCCUCUGCCCGCUGCCUCUGCUCCAACUUAUCCACCUCCUUCGAUUCCGGCUUCCUCUCAGGCACCUGCUGUGGCCCGGGGCACCAUUCAAAGAGCUGAGCGCUUCCCAGCCAGCAGCCGGACUCCACUCUGUGGACAUUGUAAUAGCAUAAUCAGGGGCCCUUUCCUUGUGGCGAUGGGUCGUUCUUGGCAUCCAGAGGAAUUCAACUGUGCCCACUGCAAGACCACCCUGGUUGAUGUGGGAUUUGUCGAAGAACAGAACAACGUGUACUGUGAGCGUUGCUAUGAGCAAUUCUUUGCCCCAACUUGUGCCAGAUGCCAUACCAAGGUCAUGGGGGAAGUGAUGCAUGCCCUGAGGCAGACUUGGCACACAACUUGCUUUGUCUGUGCUGCCUGCAGGAAGCCCUUUGGGAAUAGCCUUUUCCACAUGGAGGAUGGCGAGCCCUACUGCGAGAAAGACUACGUUGCCUUGUUCAGCACCAAAUGUCAUGGAUGCGAUUUCCCUGUUGAAGCAGGAGAUAAGUUCAUUGAAGCCCUUGGACACACCUGGCAUGACACCUGCUUCAUUUGUGCUGUGUGCCAUGUGAAUUUGGAAGGUCAGCCAUUUUAUUCAAAGAAGGAUAAGCCCUUAUGCAAGAAGCAUGCCCAUGCCAUCAAUGUCUAAAGGAAGAACAAGAAGCCAACAAGUGAAAAAAUUUAGUGGAUGGUUCAACAGAUGAAAAUAUCGAUAACAAUUGUUUUAUCAUGGUGGGCUGGUGAAUUAAGAACAUUUCUGACAUUGAUUUCAGUUACUUUCAUAUGUGGAAAUCCUGUUAUUGCAUACCUAAUACAAAAAGUGAAUGAAUAUUUAAAACCUGACAGUGAACUAUUACUGCAAAUGUUUGAGCAAAAUAAACAACAAGAAAGGAUAAAAUCAUUUCUAAAAGUAUAGCAUAAAAUUAUAAAAAUUAAUAUAUUUUAGUGUGUUCACCAGGGCAGGUAUUAUGCUUGACAGCACCGAUAGAUGACAAAUAUGAACCUCUUUUGGAAUGAUGAUACAACACAAAAGUGCCAAAAAUAGUAGGUAUAGUAGUAGUAGGCAAUGGCAUACACUUUUCACUAAUAAUUUAUAACAACAGGUCCAUUAAGUAUUAUUCACAAGAUACGAUAGUAUUAUUUCCUGUUAUUCAUGUCAUGAUUUUUCUUCUGAAUACUGGAUUUAUAUAACCACAUAGAAUUAUCUGAAAGCAGUUGCAACACUUUUUCACAAUCAAAAUGUGAAUUCAGACACAAGAGCUUGUUCACAUUUCUCCACAGUGAUGUGGAAGCUGCUUCCUUGUGGUACAUACAUUUCUAGGUCGUCCUGGUCAUGUUUAUAUUAUUGUUGUGUGCCUUCAAGUAAUUUCUGGAUUAUGGUGCCCUCAGGCAGACAUAUCACAGGGUUUUCUGGGGUUGAGAGUGUGUGACUUGCGCAAAGUCACCAGUGGGUUUCCAGGCUGAGCGGGAAUUUAAACCUGAUCUCCAGAGUCAUAGUCCAGUGUUCAAACCACUCCGCCACCCUGGCUCUUUCAUCUUUAUAUAGGGAUAAACCCACACCACUGAUCCUGACAAUAUCAUUUUCAGCUUUAUAUAGGGAGACCAUAUUGUCGAGACCAGUGGUGUAGCUUUUCCCCACAUAUGGAUUUGGUGCAAUCGUUCCUAACUUGUAAGCAUUUGUAAUCAUCAUGCCAUUGAUUCCUUGUACCUAGUUCUUCAUACCCACAUUAUCAAAGCAAAAGAUUGUCAUCCUAGGGAAGAAGUUCUCACAACUGCUGUGGAUGUGAACUGGCCUUCUUUGUGGUGCAUACAAUUUUGCAUGUGCCCAAGCCACCAAGGAGCCAUUUCCCUGUGAUCCUAUUUUAGAAGGCAAUAAUGUAUGUGUGAAUAAUACUACAGUGGAGAGGGCAUUGCAUAUCUUCCUCCUAUAAAGAAAAGUGGGAUUUUAGUAGUGAUGAUGGAAGAAACAGCCAAACAAUCAGAAAUCCCCAAGUCAUUGUGAUAUUCAUCUACAUCUUGUGCCCCUGUGAGAUUAAACCAUGGGGAAGCAGCCCCAUAGGUGUGUUGGGAGGGACUUCUUUCCUGUGGCAGGUGAUAGGAUGAGGUGGGAAAAGUAAGUUGCCUAACAUUAAUUCCAGCUGGGAAAAGAGUGUGUUACAUCAGUAAAGUGUUGUAAUGAAUUACCUCAUUCCCAGCAUUAAAAGGAAGCAAAUUUUCCACAUUUUGUUGUGUACACAAGGGAAGAAGAAAGGGUUUUUAUUGUAGUUCAUUGUGUAGUCAAGGUACUUUUCCUCUUUUUUGUCCCCUUAUCAUUUGGGUUAUGGCCUGAUCCAUGAAAUGAGAGGCUAAUAGGAGCUAGAUCUAGCUCUGUACUAGCCCUAAGAGAACAGCAAAAAAGCAAAACAGAAAAGCUAGGGGAAAGUCAAACUUUGUUGUUAUUCCCAUGCCUUUGGUAAAUGCAAAAUUAAUGCCAUUUACAAGGCAAACCCAAGUGAAAUGCAUGCCUGAAGUGUAAUUGUGUUUGCUGCUAAAGCCUUUAGAACUUAGAAUCUUAUUUAAUAUCUCAAGAAAUAUUGGAGCUUUUGAACUGUUGUGAUUGGCAGCAUGUCUUUAUUCCAACUGUAAACUUUGGAUAUUUAAGGCGUUAGUAUUACGUAAUUGUCUGGGCUUCGAGUCUACUCUGAUGAGCAUCCCGAACUGUGACUUAGGCAUGGAAGUGUCCUCAUACAUCCCAUGUCAAUGUUAGUAACUCAUUGGAAUGAACAAAAUGGUCAGAAAGACGAAGCCAUUUAUUUUUAAGUAACCUCAUUACUGUGCUCCACAUUUAAUAGCUUCAGCACUGUCACCCAUGACUGUUUAUUUAUAGGAAAACAUGUUUACUAUCUUUAACAAAAAUGAAAAGCCACUAUUUAGUUUUGAUUAUGUUUACUAUUUAAUCCCCACUGAUCAAUAAACUCGUUUAAGUGGAUUUUAUUAUCAGUGAAGCAGUAGCCAAAAACUGCCUUGUCUCAUAACCAAUGCACUGUGCCUUAUUGAAAGAAAUAUGGAAUGAGAAGCAUUUUGACAUCACUUUUGAUUUUGCUUUAUUCUCUAGUUAAAAUUAACAGGAUUGAAAACUGCUGUAUUUGCCCCCCCCCCCCCCCCAUUUUAACACAACUUUCACGUUUCUAGUACACAACAGUUUUCUCCUGUUUAGUCCAUGUUUUGGAGAGCUAAGCAUAUGUGACUUGUAGAAUACAUGCAAGUACAGCACUUUAAUUCUUAUUGAUCUUGUCAUUUUAACAAGAACGGUUGCCGAACUGUGUGGUUAUUACUCACUCUUUAAAAUAUAUAUUGUUAGCAUUUUUGUUCAUUUUUUAAAGAAAAUUGUCUGAGACACAAUGGUAUUUAUUUGCAUGUUUAGAGUUAAUAGCUGGUGACUGCGACAGUGUAGUUUCCUAUGGUGUGAGAUGGCAACAACGCACAAAUAAGACUCAGUGGCUCCCAGUUUUUCUUUCUAGCUCAAACUCUCUCUGGUUGCAAUUUGUCUUCUCUAUUGCUUCACAACAGCAUAAGAAACUCUACUGUGGAUCAUGAACUGACUGCACUGGGAAAGCAGAGUCAUUACUCUUAGUGGGCCCAUUCUUAUGUUUGCAGGCAUGGCAUUGUUGCAGCUGUCGGGUGGCUGCAUCCCUUCCUGUUCCAGUAAUACUUGGAGGACUAAAAUUAGGACAGCGAGACGCAUGAGGGAAGUGUCCUUGCCAGCCCAGUGCCCAUAAGUGGCAAAUGUACAUAAACUUGGACAGCUUGAACAGAAACCAUUAUUUAACCAUCCUGUUUUACACAUCCCUACUGGAGGUUUACGAAUGUUUAUAUAUGCUAGUUUUUCAGGUGACCCUAAACACAUUUAGUGCAGAAAGGAUUGCAUUGAUGCUGUAAAGAGGUAAUGAACGACCGAGGUUCUUUUAGGCAGGGGGAAUCUAAUUAUUACUGCCACCAAAUGUGAAGGAGCUUAAUAACGCUUGCCACCAAUUUGUAAAGGAUUAAUUAUUAUGACUGCCACCAAUUUGGGAAGAUAUAACCACUAAAAACUCAGGGAGGAGACCUUUUACUUUUACUUCUUCUUUUUAUUCACUCUAGAUGGUAGUGUACUUGGUCCAGAAUAUAUAUAUGACAGAGGCUUCGAUGUUGGAAAAACAAGAACAAGUUUAUUCAGGCACAGAGCUUAGUGGUUACAGUAUUGUUUCUCACGAAGAGGUUUUCUUUUUAUUAACAGUUACAAUUCCAGAAUAAGAUGAAUCAACUCUCUAAAAUAUUACUUUUUUUAACUUAAGGUGGUUAAACCUUAUUCAUCUUCCACUUUUAUACCACAGUCACCCCUGUGAUAAACAAUCACAGACUUUAUGUUCCCUUCCAGGACACAGAUUAUACCAAAUAAGUCACCAAACUUAUUUUAAACUGACUCAAAAUAACCGUUUGAGUCUCCCUUGAUCCUCUCAACCAGGAUCAAUCUUCCCUGUGCCUCAACGGAGCACAAACUGACUCUCCUUUUUUAAACUCUGCACUUCUUUAGCAAAACGGCAGUUGGCUCUGCCCACUUCUCCAUGGCAACCAGCCUCUGAGUGCUGAGAUGCAGCAACUAUAAUACCCUUUUGAAACAUAAACCCACAAUUAAACAUAACAUAUGUAUACCAAAAUUCGUACUUCAUUACAGAUGCCACUAGCUGUUAAAGGCAAGAGGCAACGUUGUUGGGUGAGUACUUUAUUGCCAACAGGGGUAUUUGUUAGAUAUCAUAGUGUCUGUUCUCUGAUAAGAAAUCCGUGGUGGUAGAAAUAGAGAGGAAAUGCUUAAAGUCCUGUUCUCUUAUCCUGCACGUCAUACAAUUGUUCAAAUACUUGAUUGUCCCAAGCUGCCACCUUGCAAUAAUGUUUGCAGUGAAAUUUGCUGCCUUUUUAUCAUAUCAGAAGCAAUUUGAGGACAUACUGCAAGUCACUUCUGGUGUGAGAGAAUUGGACAUCCACAGAGGCGUUGCCCAGGGGAUGCCCAGAUGUGUUACCAUCCUGCUGGGAGGCUUCUCUCAUGUCCCCGCUAGCUAGAGCUGACAGGCGGGAACUUACCCCGUCUUGUGGAUUCGAACUGGCAACCUUUAGGUCAGCAACCCAACCUUCAGGUCAGCAGUCCAGCUGGCACAAGGGUUUAACCCAGUGGUUCUCAACCUGUGAGUUCUCAGAUGUUUUGGCCUUCAACUCCCAGGAAUCCUAACAGCUGGUAAACUGGCUGGGAUUUCUGGAAGUUGUAGGCUAAAACACUUGGGGACCCACAAGUUGAGAACCACUGGUUUAACCCAUUGCUACUUAUAAAUCUAGCUAAAAUCAGUGUAAUAAUGUCAGCCAAAUCCUAGGAUUCAAAAGCCCAAGUAAACUUGCAAGGAUGGGAAAAUGUGACAACCCUUCCCCCCUCACGCUUUUCACUGCAUGUUGAGAAUGGCUUUCUGAAGAUGAGAACCUUUCGUAAGAAUUGAGGUUCCCUAUGUCCUUUAGCAGUUUUUCUUGUUAUAACACACAGAGAUUAAUGGAAAUGUGCAACGAGAAAGCAGAGCUAGAAUGAUCCCGACACAUACAUUUAUCUGUAUUCAGAGUUUUUACCUGAGUAGACCCUCAUUCAAUUGUACCAAGCCAACUAUUUAUAAGAUUAGCAAUGCUGUGCAUGUGUAAUACAGAGUUUGGCCCAUAGCCACAUACAAAACUAAUUGUUGUAAGGGGAAGAACACUUGAAAUAUUUACUUCUCUGCUGUCUUUAUGGCUCAUAGCAAUUUUCUAUGUAAAACCUGACGCAUUUUUGUUUUAUUUUCCUUCACCAGAAAGUGUGGUAGUGAUUUUUGUCUUUUACUUUUUAAAAAAUCAAAUACUGUACCUGUGAAUGACCAAGUAAACAAAAGUUAUGUCAAUCCAUUUCAACAGAUUUGCUAAAUGAUAUUAUUAUAAUUGUAGAAACUUAUGCAUACCUGUUAAAAAACCUCCUGAGUGCCAUCCAUGUCAGAUUGAAUUUUACAGCAAAGCUCUUAUUUUUAUUAAUGGUUUUGGAUUGUACUUUUUUUGCAGUUGACAUUUAAACUUCUGGCCUCAAGGGAAAUACAUUUUGUAUUAAUCAUAACUGUUUUCAGAAACGAAUUCCACCAUGCACAAUUUUACUGUGGCAUAUAAAAAUAAUUGUGUUUACAAAAAAUAAAUAUGCCAUAACAAUGGGAUGAGUUUGGUCCUUCAAUGGUCAGUAGCUUGGAUUAAACAUUUAAUUCAAAGCACGUUCUGUAUUCAUUAAUGUCUGUGCUACAGCUCUAAAUACAAAUUAGCAGCAGCUAUUGGGUCGUGCAGUGUUAAUAAAAAAAGACCAAGCAGUUGAUGCUAAUAUUUUGCUUUUUUUAAAAUGAAGUCAAAAUUAGCAAUGGCGUGAUUUGUUCUUUGCAAGAAUCCUACUAGGUACCUUGCUUUUUAAAAUAUAUGGAAAUGCCUGAACAACACAAGUGUCCUUACUUUUACAUAGAGUUUGGAUGUGAUCACCUUAGGUUUUUAUUUCAGAUUCCUAGUGUAAUGUGUGAUUUGUGAGAGAGUGUACCUUGCAUGGAUUAACUGUGCCAACAAAAAUAAAAUGUUAUCAAAACAGAAA